AUGAAAGCAGCCAACCAAGUCAUCCGACUGGCGAAUGUCGCCAGAAGUAAUCAUCUGGAGCUAAUCAAGCGAACCGACUCCGGUAUGACAGCCGUACGGGGCAGACUACGGCCUGCCGCCCGAGGAGUUCAUCCAGUCAAGAAUGGCUCGUUCCGCCAAAAGGUGAUCACAGCGCUAGGAAUUCAAGGUAUAGAGCACGUGUUUGACCGGCGGAAGCAUCCACUGGAAAGGCUUCUUUGGAUCAUCCUUGUUGGAAGUGCCAUGUAUGGUUCGUUCUUCAUCGGCAUGUACCAGCUGGACCAUUUCUAUGCCAGUCCAACCGUUACACAGUUUGACAAGAACUACCGAGAAUGGGUUGGAACAAUGCCAGCGGCGACGUUUUGCUUCCGAGACCGUUUCGACCGUGCGAGGGCCAUCGAUUAUAUUACAACACGCUACAACUUGUCCAAAACGGACGACAUCGAGCGCAUCCUGGCCCUGUUCCAAGCACUUGUCAACGUAACCGUGUCGGAUUUCAGCGCAUUAGCACCGUUCAUGACCAUCAGCGAGCAGAACAACUAUGCCAACAUUACGUUGUCAUUGCUGUCGGCGCCACUACUGUUCGAUGUUGACAUCCUGUCGGUGGUCAGUGCUGUGCAUCCGCGUCACGACGUGGCCAUAAACAGUUUCGAUCCUGCCUACAAUGAUUUGCCAAUUAAGCAGGUUAUAACCGAACGUGGGAUCUGCUACACGCUUAACGCUCCGCUUUCCCGACUUCAGUACACCCGAGAAAAUGGUUACAAUACCAUCUCAAUCAGCAAAAGUAAAUGUUUUCUAGCAUUAAUUCGGUGUUGUGUGCACUCUACUCGACAGUACCUACUGCAUUCCCCGUACGAGCUGGCCACAAGCGACGUCCAAUUUGCUGUAAUGGACGAAACCGACGAACUUGUCGCUUCCUAUAUGGUGCUGGAAACAGUGGCCAGUGAUAGACUACGGGAUUUAUCGGUGAAACAACGGAGCUGCGUUUUCCACGAUGAAAACUACCAAGGAUUCCAGUUGUACAGCUACAACCUUUGCGUGAUGCGUUGUCGAGCGGCCAGGGCUUUGGAAUUUUGCCACUGCAAGCCACACUUCUAUCCUUUCAUAGAUGGUCCCGCGUGCACUAUCGAUGGAUUGCGUUGCCUGGCGAAGCAUCCUAGCUGGCAUGAUAAGCAGCCAUGUCGUUGUCUGAAGCCCUGUACCGAAAUUGUGUACUACGUCAUGAGUGCCACCAGAUCCCAUUGGGCUACAGAGGGAGGAAUUCCAUUCAAGCAGAAGGCUUCGUUCCGAUGGGAAAUGAUUCAACCAAAAACAAGACUGCGACGAGAUGUGCUAUUCACUUUUGAGGAUUUACUCGUAUCGUUUGGCGGUGGCAUCGCUUUGUUUGUCGGGAAGGAUAUGAUGGCGUUUGCCGAGUUUCCGAUAUUUUUAAUCACGGAAGCAUUACGGCGAACUGCUGCUUCAAUCCAGAGAAGAACAUAAAAUGGAACAUAAAAUUGAGCCUGCAUGUGCAUGAACAUGAUAGUGGAGUGUUCAAAAACCGGACGGCCGAUCUCGAACAAUCUGAUAAUAAUAAGAUUAACCCGGGAGCGGUCGCGUCGUGUACUGAGUACACGCACCAUGAAAAAUGCACGCUUAUGAUACACAGCGUGAACGUAGUGCCGUUGCAGGUAGUCGAAGACGCGACUGCUCGAGGGUUAAUAAAGGUACAUGCGCGCACCCAUUUCCAUUACUUCAGAGGGAAUGUUAGGAUAUGUUUAAACUCUUGAAACUCUUGAAUCUCUUGGAAAAUUAUUGGGUAUACAUUCCCAAUCGUUAUAACGACCAUUAGACAUUCGGCAUUCAUAUUGCACAGUAUUCAAUUUUCUAUGAAAUAACUACAUUUGGUAUAUGUAUUUGUGAUUCGUCGAAAAUGUGAAAUCAGACCCAUAUUUUUUAUUUCGAUCAAUU